AUGGCCAGUGGGGUGUCCAUGACACCUGCUCCAGCUGGAGUUCCUGCAUUGGCCCUCGCACCAGCGCCCAUGCUGGCCGCCAGGCCCUCUGUAGCACCAUCUCCAGGGCCGGGUACCCCCGGCUCCAUCACCUCGAAAGAAUGGGUUAUCCCACCACGCCCCAAGCCUGGUCGCAAGCCAGCUACGGACACACCACCAACCAAACGCAAAGCACAGAACCGAGCAGCUCAAAGAGCGUUCCGUGAACGCCGGGCCGCCCGAGUUAGUGAAUUGGAAGAACAAAUGAAGGAAAUGGAAGACAGCCACGAUAUCCAGGUCGCCUCGCUCCAGCAGCAAAUUGACAACCUCUCCGGUGAAGUUGAUCAGUGCCGCGAGGAAAUGGGUUGGUGGCGCGACCGAUGUCACGCCUUGGAGAAAGAAGUAUCGAUCGAGCGUAGCGCAAAGGAAGCCAUUGUCAAGGAAUUCCGGUCAUCAUUUGCUGGCCCUAAUGUCAGCAAGCCCGCGCCCAUUCCUGACUCUGUGCCCUUACCACCUCGCAAGACUAGGAGCUCCCGAAUGGAGGAUGUUCAGCCAACUAGUACCGAACGCAAUAAGGAAGAUGCACAGACUAACGUAUCUUUGGGGUGCAAUAACUGCUCCAACGCCCACUGCCAGUGCAUCGAAGAUGCAUUCGGUAUGCCAAUGGAUACUCACGAGUCAUCUCGUUCUAGGCACCCACCUCAUGGCGUGGGCAGCCCGGCACGCGAUCAUAGGGAUCCUCACAUCAAGCCUGAUCCAGAAGAGAUGGAAAUCGACUUCACCGCUCAGUUCUCUAGCGUCCCAACCCAGUCUCACGACAAUGAUGUUUCCUCGCCGCCCGUUGAUCCCUGCGGGUUCUGCCAGGAUGGUACUCCCUGUAUCUGCGCCGAGAUGGCUGCGCAGGAACAGCAGCGUGUACGCAACGCGAACACAUUUGAGACCAACCGUCUCGCACCAAUCCAAUCCAUCUCCCAGUUCACCCCGCCUCCAUCCGAGGGAGACGUCCGUUCAGAGGUGGUCCUCCCACCCAUCAGCCAAGCAACCAACCCCUGUGCCAAUGGGCCAGGCACCUGCGCCCAGUGUCUUGCCGACCCCCGAAGCACUCUUUUUUGCAAGACGUUGGCAGCCUCCCGGUCAGCGAGCGGAACUCCAUCGGGAGGCUGCUGCGGAGGUGGAGGAAAGGACGGCGGAUGCUGCAUGUCAAAAGAUGCCCCCGCCACCGCGUCCAAACCGCGUAUCAACGCCGCCCUGCCUUCGCAACCUACCGCACCCAAGCCCGCUCCGCCCUCCGAGCUAACGCUCAGCUGUGCCGACGCGUUCACCACCCUGUCCCGUCACCCGAACUUCUCCCGCGCCAGCGACGAUAUCUCAGCCUGGCUACCAAAACUCCACACCCUUCCCAAUCCCCGCGACCUCGCUCCCCCAGACAGCCGCGCUGCCAUGGAAGUCGAGGCCGCAAGCGUCAUGGGAGUGCUGCGGUACUUUGACCGUCGCUUCGCUGAAAAAUAA